UUAGCAAUAAACAGGUGCCUCUGGGUCCAGCGUCUAUUGCAAGACCAACGAGCGACACGGUGACACCCAGAAUAUGAAAUCUUAAGUGAUACACAUCAAAAUUAAAACAAAAGUGAACAUGUUCUUACAAAUUUUGGUCCUUCUGGCAGCGUCAGGAUCUGCCGUUCUUGGCGAUGAAGAAGUUUUGAAGAAUCUGACCACCGUUACCUGGGCACAUGCUGUUAAUAAUAAAACGUUCUUGCAAGCCGCGUUAGCGAGUGAUGUGCAGAUGCUGGAAGCAGACAUAGUCCUGGGCCAGCUGAUCGGCAAGGAAGGCCCGCCCAUUCCCGUGAUGGCGCACCCCCCGGCCACGACCUCCGACCUGUCUCUCGGCGACUUCUUGUCCAUAGUGGCGCAGCACAACAAGGGCAUCGCCAAGGAGAAGCAGAAGGGCGUCAAGUUGGACUUUAAGAGCAUCGAGGCAUUUGAAAAAGCACAGGACUUAAUAGCACGGUUUAGUAAGCCUGAGGACUCGCACGCUCGCACCACCGACGCGCCUUGCUCGCCCUGCUCGCGGAGAGAUUUCUCUGCCGCUAAAAGCCCUGAGAUGAGCACGCAAAAUGAUUCGGUAACUUUCCCCCUAUGGCUGAACGCGGACAUCCUGCCGGGCCCCGUAGCCGCCACGACCAAGCCGCUGGACCCUGAGAAGUUCAUCAAAUUGGCAUCGAACCACCCGCGCGCCGUGCUCUCCGUGGGCUGGACCACGCGGUACGGCGGCAACAUCACCGAGGGCGAGUACACGAGGCAGCAGAUCGGGACCAUGCUGAGGAUGGUCAAUGCGCUUAAAGUUAACCAGACUAUCACGUUCCCUGUCCGCGCAGGCCUCGCAUCCAACAGCCAGCCGGUGAUCCUGGACUUGCUGCGCGAGACGCGCGCGCUGGGCUCCUCCGUGACGGUGUGGUCGGCGGAGGGCGACGCGGUGGCGGUGGAGCGGCUGCGCGCCCUCAUCCUCACGGUCGGGCUGGAACACACCUACCUGGACGUGCCCGCAGAGCUGGCCGCGCGGCUGCAGCUACCCGCGCCGCCCGCCACCCGCACACACAACUAGGGAUUAUUAGCAUUCUCUUUAAUUUAUUACCGUUUUAUAUUUCAACAACAAUCUAUAAUGCUUCAAGGUAGCGCAGGGAAAUAAAAUAUUAGAUCACAGUUAAUUUUCAUAGAACCUAUUACUUCUGUAUUUUUAAUAGAGGGAAUAAUUAGUAAUUUAACAUUACUGACGUAACGCACUGUAAAGAUUUCAAUUGAACAAUGUUCAUACAUUAACAAAGAUCGCGUACCUACUUCGGAAUCCUGUGAUUAUUGAUUAAAAUUUACUUCUGGAACGCCGCUCUGUCUGUCUCGAUGCCAUAUCCUGAUACUAUACAAUUAUUCUAAAAUCACCCUUAACAUCAAGCAAUACGAUUAAUAAUAACUGAAAAACAAAUCCCUGCAAAGGGUGUCGACCUUUACAUGUGGUGACCACGUGACUGCAAUGUCGAGUCAUUCAUAGUUUAUCUCGUAAUUAAAUGGCUGUAAAUUAAUCCUUAAAUGCAUGGCGAUAAAGUGGAAAAUAACUUGUGGAUAUCCAAAGACGCUUCAUUAAAGGGCGACUACGAGCAUGCAAAUUCUCACAAGUGAGUUUAUAAGUAGAAUAUAAAUUAUGGCUUUUAGUUUAGUAGAAGGGUUCUUUUUAAAUAAUAUAUGUCGUUAUACGUAUGUGAUAGGUGCAGAAGGAGUCUGUAGAGCGAUCUCUGGUGAAAAGUUAAUAAAAACUAAAUCC